ACAUGCGUAAUUUUAAACAGUCAAUCUUGGUUCUAUGUCUACUAGUGUCAGUGAUUUUAUCCGAAGCCAAACACGUUCAUAUCAGAAACGACAUCGGUGAAAAUAUCGACCUAAUGGUGCAUUGCAAGUCGAAAAACGACGACCUAGGCGACCACUUACUUCAUCCCCAAGAAACUUAUGAGUUUGCAUUUACACCAAAUAUUUUCGGAACUACGUUGUUUUUUUGUGGUUUUACAUGGGCAGGACAGCCCAAAUUUUUUAAUAUUUACGAUGAUCGCGCACAUAGUAGUUCAUGCGGAGAUUGUUACUGGGCAGUGCAUGUUGACGGACCGUGCUUGCUGAAGAAUGAUUUCGGUGAGAUUGAUACAUGUUAUAAGUGGAACAGUCCGUGAAAAUGUGCAUUUGGUUUCUUAUUCUUGAUCAAUCUAUGUACGAAA